GAUUUGGUGGGCGGGAAGGAACUUUCACUCUGGACCCCUUGCACUUUGAAUGCCUCAAAAUCACAGUGGGAGCGCAGUACGGGCAAGUGUUUUAAAAGGUUGAGAAAGGAAAAAAAGAAACUGUGCCUGUGCCAUUUUGAUAACAAUUUAAUGAUGGGCUGCUUAGCUGUACAAAUGCUCCUUCUCUCAACCUUUAGCGAAAAAGUGCCAUUAUGUAAGCGUUCUUGACUGUUCAAUGUGCUCUGAGGUCAUGCUGAACUAUUUCUAUUGAACGCGGCUUUUAAAGUGGCGCGCAACAUUUUUUCUGCUUUUAUGUCGAAAUGUUUUUCUGAACUCUGAAAUUUUGGAACCGAAGGCAGACUGAAACGAGCCAGACGUGGCCAUCUCUGCGUUUCAUACGCAGAAAAAAAAGCCUGAUUCAAGUACACAAUGAAAACAUUGCGAAGGGAAUGCUAGCUAGCUCAUUAACUAAGAAGCUAAUCUCAUCUGUGCGGCGGACAGUGUGAUGGAACUCUGUUGUAAAGUCAUUAGCCCUGUAUUCCAAUGUAGACAUUCAAAGAUAUAUUUUCUGUUCACGGGUUGUGUUAGCAUGUGGCUUUCUUGAAUCAUUUCGCUGCUCACAACAGAAUAUGGCUUAUGUAACCCUGCUAUGUUGUCACACGGGUACGUAUCGCUAUGCCAGUGAUGAAUAUACAUCUGCGACAUACUCUGAUGAAAAAUUCAAAAGAAACAAGUGUGAUACAUCACUUGUUUAUUCAUUAUUCACAAAGGAACUGAGGCUUUUUGUCUCUGGAAGCGUGAUGCAAGAGCCUAUCGCCUGCAAGCUUUUCCGUCCAAGAGUCGAACUGGCGUGAUUAUCACCUGAAGGAAUUAGAAAUAAAAAUCUGCCACAUGAACAUUUGCUGACGCAUGUCGUAGAAACACAUGAAUACAUUUCUAUCUGCUUCCUUUUAUCGUCUCGUCUUGAGUACUGAAGCUUUGGAAAUAGCUCAAUGCACGGAAUGCCUAGCCCCGCCCCUCAUUGAUUCACAUAAUUCAUUUUUUUAACGAUACUGUUUUGAGAUAUGAUAGGCGUUUUCUUUGGACAUUCUAAAAUAAAUUACCAGUAAUGCAUAGCUUACUGCUGAAGGCCGCGUAAGGUGUAAAACGAUGACUGCGAAAAUCAGAGUCAUCCUCAAAAUAUCAGGAUGUUCGGAGUUUCGUAAUUUUAGUGGCCAUCAUGACUUGCUGAUGUCUGAAGGGAUGUUAUGAAUGUGUUCAAAUGAUCAACCCAAGGUCUUUACUUUUAACAGUCAUCCUCGAACAACGAGGCAGAAACAAAUCUGAAGAGGACGAAAAAAAAUAAGAGUAUUGGUAUCGUGAUUUUCUUUUCAGCUCAGUGUUUGAAUGAAUCUUAUGAAUGCGGCCUCACACACUCGCAUGCAUGUGAGGCCUCACACGUUCCCACGAGCACCCCCCCGGGGUCUUAGUUUUGCCCAAUGAGGGGAAGAGACCUUUGCUAAUCUCAUAAAUUCAACUAACUUCUUUCCUCCUCUCUCUUUCCCUCCCUUCCCGGAGCUCGACUCGGCUAUUCCCAGGCGGGCCGGCGAGGACUCACAUGAGCGGUAAAGCCGUGAGGGUCUGGCACUCUGCUAUGAAGUAGUCGAAAGGAUUUCGCACCGAUGCAAGGAGCGGCUCUUUAGACUUUUUAGCGUACAGAUUGUUCCCGUCCAAACAUGACCCUUUUGUCCGAGGAUCAGUCCGCCAGGCCCCAGCCUUGCCGGGUACCGGAUCCGCCCAGCAAACAGGCGGGCCCCUUGCACCAGGACACGAAGGAUUUGACCGGCUCCAAAGACUACUAUAUGGACAGCGCAGAAAACGCCAUCUUCGGACAGGUGGAGCCCCCGAGGCGCUCGCGGGGCCGCCUGAUCCUCCACGGCUUGGUCAUGUUCGGAAGGGAAUUCUGCUACGCGGUGGAGGCGGCGUUCGUCACGCCCGUGCUGCUCAGCGUGGGCCUGCCACGUAGCAUGUACAGCCUGGUGUGGCUGAUCAGCCCCAUCCUGGGCUUCCUGCUGCAGCCCGUCAUCGGCUCGGCCAGCGACUACUGCCGCUCGCCGUGGGGGCGGCGGAGGCCCUACAUCCUGACGUUGGGCCUCCUCAUGCUUGUGGGCAUCACCAUGUUCCUCAACGGAGAUCUCGUCAUCUCAGCAGUGAUCGCCGACAGGGCAACACGGCGGACGUGGGCCAUCGUGGUGGUGAUGCUCGGCGUGGUGCUGUUCGACUUUGCCGCCGACUUCAUCGACGGGCCCAUUAAGGCUUACCUGUUUGACGUGUGCUCCCACCAGGACAAGGAGCGAGGCCUCCACUAUCACGCUCUGCUCACUGGUCUGGGCGGAGCGUUCGGCUACCUGGUGGGCGCCAUGGACUGGGGUCACUCCAUCCUGGGCCAGCUGCUGGGCUCCGAGUACCAGGUCAUCUUUUUCUUCUCGGCGCUCACCUGGAGCGUUUUCCUCACCGUGCACCUCUUCAGCAUUCCCGAAGAGCCCCUGGACAAAGCGGCGGCCGGCCGACCGUCGGCCCUCAGUGCCCUGAGGCAACUGGGCUCCCAGCGGAACGGCUACGGAACUCUGGGAAAAGAAGCCGAGGACCCCCCGCUGCUGUCCGUCUCGGACAUCAGGCAGCGGUCUUUCUCUGCUCUUGGGGAGGCCAACGCCGUCACCUCCAGUGCCAAACAGCCCAGCAAGGAGGCCCGUGAGAGGAUGACACUGAAGUCUCUGUUGAAAGCCAUCAUCACCAUGCCCAACCACUACCGCUACCUGUGCAUCAGUCACCUGCUGGGAUGGACGGCGUUCCUCUGCAACAUGCUCUUUUUUACCGACUUCAUGGGACAGAUCGUCUACAAGGGGAACCCGUAUGCCGAGCAUAACUCCACGGCCUAUGCCACAUACGAGCGCGGUGUGGAAAUUGGCUGCUGGGGCUUGUGCAUCAAUGCGGUGUCCUCGGCUCUUUUCUCUUACGUGCAGCGCUUUUUGCUGCCCUACGUGGGCCUGAAAGGUUUGUACUUCAUGGGCUACUUUGUGUUCGGCCUGGGCACCGGCCUCAUCGGCCUCUUCCCCAACAUCAUUGCCACGCUGGUCCUGUGCAGCGUUUUUGGCGUCAUGUCCAGCACGCUCUACACCAUCCCCUUCAACCUCAUCGCAGAGUACCAGCGCGAGGAGGAGGAGGAAAUGAAACGUCGCGGCGGUGGCGAAUCGUUACGGGGCACGGGCGUGGACUGCGCCGCCCUCACCUGCAUGGUGCAGCUGGCCCAGAUCUUGGUGGGCGCGGGCCUGGGCGCCCUGGUCAACGUGGUGGGCAGUGUGGUGGUGGUGGUCCUGUCCGCCUCCACCGUGUCCCUGCUGGGCUGUGUCUUCAUCGCGCUCUUCGUCAGAUACGCUCACUCCUCGCACUAUUUGUAAUAACUGACUAAAGAUUCUAUUCUAUUGCUAAAUAAAGAUUCUUUAUUGUGA